CCCACCAAUCUCGGGCCUCGACGCGCUCCGUUCGUGCGCGGAGGGCCGGGCGCGGGGAGAGGCCGCUCGGGGCGGGGCCGCGGCGUGAGGGGCGCUGGGCCCGGCGGCGGCGCGGAUGGAGGCCUCGCAGCCGUUCUGCGUGGCCGAGGAGCGCAGCGGCCACUGCGCGGUGGUGGACGGAAGCUCCCUCUACGUGUGGGGGGGCUACGUGUCUAUUGAAGACAAUGAAGUAUAUUUGCCUAAUGAUGAAAUUUGGACCUAUGAUAUUGAUAGUGGGUUGUGGACAAUGCACCUCAUGGAAGGAGAACUCCCUACCUCCAUGUCAGGAAGUUGUGGUGCUUGCAUUAAUGGAAAGCUGUACAUUUUUGGAGGAUAUGAUGACAAAGGAUACAGCAAUCGACUUUAUUUUGUUAAUUUGCGAACCAGAGAUGGAACCUAUGUUUGGGAAAAAAUCACCAACUUUGAAGGAAAACCACCCACACCACGUGAUAAACUUUCUUGCUGGGUAUAUAAAGACAGAUUAAUAUAUUUUGGUGGCUAUGGGUGUAGGAGACACAAUGAACUCCAAGACUGUUUUGAUGUUCAUGAUGCAUCUUGGGAAGAGCAGAUAUUCUGGGGAUGGCAUAAUGAUGUUCAUGUAUUUGACACAAAGACACAGAAUUGGUUUCAACCGGAAAUUAAAGGUGGAGUCCCACCACAGCCACGAGCCGCACAUACCUGUGCAGUGCUUGGAAAUAAGGGCUAUGUCUUUGGUGGACGUGUUUUGCAAACUAGGAUGAAUGAUUUGCACUAUCUAAACUUAGAUACCUGGAUUUGGUCUGGAAGGAUUCCUAUUAAUGGAGAAAACCCUAAACAUCGAUCAUGGCAUACUUUAACACCAAUAGCUGAUGAUAAGCUUUUCUUAUUUGGUGGACUAAGUGCGGACAAUAUUCCAUUAAGUGAUGGUUGGAUUCAUAAUGUCAUAUCAAAUUGUUGGAAACAACUGACAUAUUUACCUAAAACAAGACCCAGGUUAUGGCACACAGCCUGCUUGGGAAAAGAAAAUGAAAUAAUGGUAUUUGGUGGGAGCAAAGAUGACUUACUUUCCUUGGAUACAGGUCACUGUAAUGAUUUAUUGAUCUUUCAAACACAGCCUUAUUCACUACUCAGGUCAUGCCUUGACUGCAUUGGUAAAAAUGCUAUAAUUUUAGAAAGUCAAAUAUCUUUAUUACCUCCUAAACUUCUUCAACAAGUACUCAAAAAAAUCACAUUUUGGACUGCAGCUAACCACCGAGAAGAACAAAGAGCCCAAAAAGAAGAAACUGAAAAUAAGUAUCAGUGGAUCAGUAACAAUUAAGUUGUUAUAUACUCUGCAUGUUUAAUAUGUUUAACAUUUUAAUCAGACUGUGUAUUUGCUCCCCAAAUUGGAGGCUUUAUUUAGAAGAUAAAAUUGAAGCAAAAAUGCUAUGUUAAAGUGAUUACAUGGAAUGGGAUAUAUGGGAAUGAGAUGCUAAUGGCAGAUUAAUUUAUAUUUCUAAAAUAAUUUCCUUAUAAGCUACAAAAAUGUGCUUUCUGAAAGUAAUUAUAAUUGUAGGCAAUUUUAACUCACUGUGUACUCAUUGCUGGAAAGAUUAUACAAAUUUGAGGAAAAUAAGAAAUUACCCAAGGACUUUAGAAAUCCCUCAACAUAAUGACACGUGAAAACACUACAUACCAACUUUUAGAUAGAAUAGAUUCUCUCAAGUCACUAUAAAAUUACCCAAAUCUUCUUUUAAAUAAUUCAGUUAUUUAAAUGACACCUUCUUAAAUUACUAACAUAGCUGGCCACAAUUAUAAAGUAGACAAACCAUGGUCUGGUGUUAACUGCGGAGCCCCCCACUUUUAGCACUCAGCUAAUAAAGAAUUCUUAAGCAUCAUUGUAAUUUUCCUUUUUCUUGUCAUAAGUUUUCCUCAGACCUUUGAUUCAGUAGGGGAAUAAAUGCAUUCAAUUGCUUUCUGUUACCCCUACGUUAUUAGUUUGUCCAAUUUUAUAUCUACAAAGACCAUAUUUUAAAGUGUCUAAAGUGGAGGUUUAUUUGUCAUCCAGGCUCUGAAAUAUUGAGAAGCAGUAUAAUUAUUAAGUUUUGAGGCACAUUAAAAUAGAGUUUGCCUUGGAAGAGUGCAUCUAAAGUGAUUUUCAUAAAUAAUGAAGAGGAAUGGUAAUCUAGUAAGUUGCCUUUAUUGAAACCCCUCACUUUGGCCCACACCAUUCUACAAAGUUGGUGCUUAAGGAUAUUGUAAAUAUGUUAUCUUCCCAUUUAUUUUCAGCAUUAACUGCUUAUACAGAAAUAAAACACUAUAACUUAUAUUCCUUAAAAAAGUACUUUUGCCAUAAUUAAGAAAUUGUUCAUAUUACAGUCAUACCCUUCCAGUGAAUUACUAAUAACGAUGUAUUACUCAAAGACUUGGUUAUAAAAUUACUCUCCACAAUACCAUCAUAGAAGUUAUUUCUAAAUGCAAAAUGUUACAGCAAAUAUAUUUCUGUAUUGAAAUAUAUAUGUAAUUUAUAAUGAAAAUUAUAGUCAUUUAUAGUACCUCAUUAAAUUUUAGAUAUGUUUAUUUUAUAUAUAUAUAUUGUAUUUUGAUGUGUAAAGCUUCUAUUUAUGUAUUGAAAUAGUGUGUAUUUACAUUUUAUUUAUUAUACGAACUAUGUAGAUUUACUAUUUUUUCAGUUUUGUUCGUGUGAACCAGUCAUUAGAGUUGAUUGU